UCGGAAAUGUCGGCGACGUCUCCGCCUUCGCCCUGCUGCUGAAGAAAGAGGAGGAACUUUUUGUUGUUGUUUGUUUUAGUUUUUGGCGGUGAAACGUUAAGAUGAACGCCCGUCCUUAAUCUCGACUCUCAGACCAGUCGCCGCCCCGGUCGUCGCCAUGGAGACGGUGGUGAUCGUGGCCAUCGGUGUGCUCGCCACCAUCUUCCUGGCGUCCUUGGCCGCCCUGGUGGUGGUGUGCCGCCACCGCUACUGCCACCCGCACCACCUGCUGCACCACUUUGACUCCAAACCCACGGUGGACCUGAUCGGCGCCAUGGAGACGCAGAGCGAGCUGUCCGAGCUGGAGCUGGAAGACGUGGUCAUCACCAACCCGCACAUUGAGGCCAUCCUGGAGAACGAGGACUGGAUCGAGGACGCCUCCGGAUUGGUCUCUCACUGCAUCGCUAUCCUGAAGAUCUGCCACACGUUGACGGAGAAACUGGUCGCCCUGACGAUGGGCUCAGGGGCCAAGGUCAAAGCGCCGGCCAGCCUGGGCGACAUCAUCACUGUGGCCAAGCGUAUCAGCCCCAGUUUUUCUUUGGUUAUUUGUAACAGGGUGGACGAUGUGGUACGAUCCAUGUACCCGCCUUUGGACCCCAUCCUGCUGGACGCUAGGGCGACUGCUCUUCUCCUGUCCGUCAGCCACCUGGUCCUGGUCACCCGCAACGCCUGCCACAUGUCGGGAAGCCUGGACUGGAUCGACCAAUCGCUGCACGCGGCCGAGGACCACAUGGUGGUCCUGAGGGAAGCGGCUCUGGCCUCCGAGCCGGAGCGCGGCGUCCUCAACGGGACCGAGGGCCAGAGGGAGCACGCCAUCUAGACCCCGCCGAGACUUUGAACGCAGCACCAGCACAUCAGGCUACAAACACUCAUUCAAACCUUAAACUCUAACCCAAACUUCCCUGACUUGAAACCCAAAUUUGAAAUGCUAACCCUGUCUUAAAAACCCUAACCUUGACUUCAAACCUAAAUCCUGUCUUGAAACCGUAAUCCUGCUUCCAAUUAGAGAAAUUAAACAGGAUCAGGAUUUUAAAUUAGGUUUUCACAUCAGGGUCAGGUUUUGAAGCAAUGGUUAGGAUUUGAAGACAGGUUUGGGUUUGAAGCAAAGGUUAAAAUUUGAAAUGACAGUUUCAAAUGUCAAAAUGUUUCAAAUUAAGGUGAUUUGAAACCAUAACUCUGUGUUGAGAACCUAAUGAUGAUGAAAUUAGGUUAAUUAGAAACCCUAACCCUGGCUUGAAACCCUAACUCUAGUUUCAAACCUGAAAUCUGUUUUGAAACGCUAAUCCUGCUUGAAAUUAUAGUUCAAGACAGUGUAAGAGAUUCAAAUGCGGGAUUUUCACGUCGGGGUUACGGUUUGAAGCAAAGGUUGAGGUUUCAAAUUAUUGUUUUCAAGUCGGGUUUUAGGUUUCAAUUAUGGCGAUAUGAAACCCUAAACCUGGCUUCAAACCCUAAUGAUGAAAUGUCUUGAACCUCUAAUUUGAAACCCUAUCCACUCACUGCAUAAAACCCUAACCCUGCUGUGAAACCCAAACUUGAAAUCCUAACCCUGUCUUGAACUGCUUAUUUGAAACCCUAAACCUGGCUUCGAACCCCAUUUAGUUGGACCAAAGUCCUGGCGUUCUUUGAUGUUUGACCGCCAGCCGCCACUCCAGCACUCGGCCAACUUCACCUGAGCGCUGGCUUUACACACUGAACUUUUCAUGAGGCGGAGGCGCCGAUGUUGACGACUCAACGCAUAAGUCAAUGAGUAUUGAUUGAGUAUUGAUCGUUUUGUUUUCCUUUCCUCAACAAGUUAAGUCAAAGUCCCGCAUCCAUGAAAGACUUUUCUCGUAGCGGUGGGCUAUUUAAAUCCAAUUUCUCAUACGGAGGCUUAGUCAGCUAAUCCGUGCUCAGAAAAAUAUCAGACCGUGAAACGGCCACCACUAAGCGGACUGGCGGACGUUUUGUGAGUGUGAACAGGCGAGCGAUGCGAUGAAAUAUUUCGAAAAUUCAGCUCCCAAAGCCAGUCUCACUUAGUAACAUGAAAUUUGGUAGCCAUGCCAAUCAUGCAUAGACAUGGCAAAACGUCUCAAGAAGCAAUGCCUGAAAAGACACAGAAAGUCAGCCAUUUUGAUUUGAAGCGAACAUAUUAGGCUCAUUUGGCCAUUUAGAGGAGUUCUUCAAUGACAAACUCCAGCCAUGUUCCACGUUCUUUUUCUUGGUCACGUCACCUGUUGCUGGGCAGAAUUCGUAGGGCACCACUAUUUAUGCCCCAGCCAUCCAUUUUCUAUAUCGUUUGGGUGGUGGGGGAGCUGAAGACUAGCCCAGCUGACCUUGAGCAAGAAGUGUGUUACACCCUGGACUGGUUGCCAGCCAAUCACAGGGCAGAUAUAGACAGAUAAGUGUUCACGCUGAGAUUCACACCUAUGGACAAUUUUCUUCAAUAAUGGUAAAAUGCUUGUUAUUGGAAUUGCAAUGUGAACCCGGACAAAAAGUAGGAUUCAAACACACAACAUCAGAACUGUAAGGCAGAAGUGCUACCCCACUAGUUACAAAAUGCUGCCGAUGGACACACCCAUUUAAGAAAAUUGUAUACGCCCAACUAUGUAGGAACAGUUCAGUGAAGUUCUCUUCUGUUCUACCAAGGAUUAAUUUAGCGUGGAAGAACCCCCAUUAAACUUCCACUUCCUGUAUGUAUCCCAAUACUUUUGUUCACAUUGAUAGUCAUCCAUUUUCUAAAUGAUCCUUUGUUGAACAUGAGACUACAAUUUACAACCAGGGUUUCCCAAACUGUGGGCCCAAAAUGGGUCGCCUGGCUGUUUUUUAUCCGGCCGCCAACGCCUUGGGCUUUUGUGAUUCUUGUCUGUUGUAGUUCAGUAAAUUCCUGUCAUCCAUUUUGUUUAGGUUCAGAAUACAUUAGUCCUAUGGCAAUACAUGCCAUAUUUUUGCCACGUACUUUACUUACUUUGUGAGGAACUAAACUUGGGUCUUUGAGCUCCACAAUGAGCUCCACAUUAAUGUACUCAUUGGUCUCCAUGGUAACAGUCUGUAGCAUUUUCCAGGCCCCAAAAUGGCUGCCCGCCAAAGGCAACACUGUGUUGGUCAUUUGUGACUAUCAAGGAUGAAGUGUAACACAAAAUGUGCCGUUUAUGUUGUUUAUUAGAUGAUCUUUUCUAAGCACUCGAGCACCACAUACAGUAGUUUGUCACGUGUAUAUAUGUCCUCUCAUAUCUUCAACCUGUAAUUUGUACAGAUAAAAUGAUUGUUGUACUGUGUCUUGUUGAAAAAGUACAUAAAUAAAAUUGCCUUCUUUUU